AUGUCAAAAUUUAUGGUUAUAUUUAUAUUCAAUGACAUAAAUUCCCAUAAUUCCCAUUUGAAUCCCUAUAAAAGCCCUUGUGUUGUCAUCGCUUCACUUAGUCAAGCAUUUAAGAUGAAGAUCAUCGAAGUUCUUAGCAUCCUGCUGUCCUGUGCGAUCCUGGGAUAUGGAACAAACUCUGUUUCACUCCUUGAACCCAAUUGCGGACCUUCGAUUUCAUCAUCGAGGAGGGGAGCAACGAUGAAAAUAGUCGGAGGCGUGACAGCCGAUAGAUACGGAAAUCCAUGGAUGGCAUAUAUCAACAGCUCCUUGGGGGCGUGUGGCGGUUCCCUUAUCACAAACCGCUUUGUGCUCAGUGCUGCUCAUUGCAUGAGUAAUCCUCCAACUCCAACGACGGUUUACUUGGGCGAGUUUGAUAGGUCUCGCAGGACUGCAAAUGCCAUUCAAAUUCCCGCCGAUAGACAAAUACCUCAUCCGCAGUAUGCAUAUACCAAGGAAGACAUCAAGAACGAUAUAGGCCUGUUUCGGCUAGCCAGGAUAGUGCAAUAUACAGACUUUAUCAGGCCCAUCUGUAUACCAACCAACUUUAGUCCCUUGGCUCAGACUUCGCGUCUGACUGCCACUGGCUGGGGUAAAACGGGAGACGGAGUUCCGAGCAAUGUGCUGAUGACAACCACCUUGACGCAACACGAUCGCGAGACUUGCUCCUCCAGCUACGACACCAUCGUGGAUACAUCUCAGAUUUGUGCCGGAUCCCCGAGCUCCGAUACUUGCGAUGGAGAUUCGGGAGGUCCCAUCACAACCGUUUAUCGCAUCGACGGCAGAAAUCGCGUCAUUCAGCUCGGAAUUGUCAGUUAUGGAGAUAGAUCCUGCAAAUCGGUGGGGGUCUAUACAAAUGUGUUUCACUAUAUGGCCUGGAUCGGGACUACCAUUCAACAGGGAGGAGAUCAACACACACCAGCACCAACCCAAAGCCCGUCACAUAAUAUUAAUAAUAAUACUAGUUACCCUUCUCCUCCUCCUAGUUACCCACCUCCUUCUUCUGCUAGUUACCCCCCUACUUAUUCUCCUAGUUACUCUCCGACUGCUUCUCCUACUUACACUAAUUUCAAUUAUCCAACUUAUCCAACUUAUCCAACUUAUCCAACUUAUCCAACUUAUCCAAAUUAUCAAACUUAUCCAACUCAUCCAACUUAUCCUCCCGGUUACUAUCCAUAUGUGAUUUAUGGUUAAUUCAAAAAUUUUUUAAAUUU